GUUGAGCUAAGCCCCCCCGCAGCAGAACCGUCAUGUGUUGGCGUGCUAACACCCGCUCGAUGCCGGGGACAGCUGGCCGUGGCGCGCACGCUGAUCCAACACGUCGGAGAAAUAUGAGGAAAAAGUUGCACUCCUCAGGAACGGGCCAUCGGAUCGUUUGGAGGCGGACACCCGCGGUACAUCUGGGCACCAACCGGUCCCAAAGGUGCCAUGUUUGGGUACCAACUCAGCAGCACCGAGAGCAAUUUCCAAUGCCGACAAAGAAAUUGACCCCCCAAAAAAAUCGCUCCGGCGUAAAUAAAUAAGUGACUCCCUGAAGUUGUCAAGUCAACAAAGAGAAGACUGCUGUAAUCAUCUGUCCACCAGAGGGCACUGUUGCCUUUGCGACAACCAAUAAAAACAGAGCUGUGGUCCAAUGAGGCGUCUCCAUCCUGUCCCACUUGGUCUCUCACAGGAGAAGAGGGCUUUUUAAUCCAAGUGGAUUAUGUUUGCAAAUUGGGUGAGCGGCUGCAAAAUCUCCAUCAGGUCGCCAGCAGCGUUGUCCCCCUGCUAGCAUGGACAGCUAGCCGCCCACGUCAUGAGGAAGAAGGUGGACCAAGGUUCAGGAGGGUCUCAGGUGGACUCCAGCACGUCUUGAGGAGAUCUUGAUGAAGAACGAGCUCUUGGUCUUCAGCCCGCUGGAGCCGACAUGAGGAAGGCGUGUCCUCCUCCUUGACACCUGAACACCUUCCAGAGCCAGCGAGGAUGGAGCCCAGGUCCACGCUUGGUGGAUUUGUGGGAGUCUUCUUCUUGUGGGUCACGGUUCAAGCUCAGAUGAAGAUCCCACCUGAGACCGUGCAGCAGUGGGCGUCAGUCUUCUCCACGCAGCUGAGAGAUCUUUCCUGCAAGUACUCAGGAUCUCUGCUCCUGCAGAAGAAACUGAAGGACGUGGAGUCCAUCAUCAAGAUGGUGGAACUGGACGGGCAAGACCUGGUGAAGGACUACUCUGCCGAAAUAGAGCGCAUGCUUGGGAGCAAGAUGAAAUCUGUCAAGAGGUUAGCGGAGUCCGCAGAAGACGCCGACCUUUACCACGACUUCAACACUUCCUUAGAGUUCGACUACUACAACUCCAUGCUCAUCAACACGGUGGACGAGGACGGCAACUUUGUGGAACUGGGCGGCGAGUUCGCCCUGGAGGAGAACGAGCACUUCAACAAGAUGCCGGUUAACACGCAGCUGAGCAACAUCCAGGUGCCCACCAACGUGUACAACAAAGAUCCCAACAUCAUCAACGCCAUCUACAACUCGGAAGCGCUCAAUGACGUUUUCAUCGGCAACUUCCAGAGGGACCCCACGCUGACCUGGCAGUACUUUGGCAGCUCCACUGGCUUCUUCAGGAUCUACCCUGGCAUCAAAUGGACUCCAGACACAAACGGGGUGGCGGCUUUUGACUGCAGGAACAGAAACUGGUACAUCCAGGCGGCCACGUCCCCCAAGGACAUCAUCAUCAUGGUGGACAUCAGCGGCAGCAUGAAAGGUUUGAAGAUGACCAUCGCCAAGCACACCAUCAACACCAUCCUGGACACGCUGGGCGAGAACGACUUUGUCAACGUCAUCGCAUACACGGACUACGUGCGCUAUGUGGAGCCGUGCUUCAGAGGAACUCUGGUCCAGGCUGACUUGGACAACAGAGAGCACUUCAAGAUGUUGGUGGACGAGCUGCACGUGAAAGGAGAAGCAAAGCUCAAGAACGCCAUGAAAGAGUCCUUCAAGAUCCUCAAUGAGGCACGGGCCAACGGUCUAGGCAGCAUGUGCAACCAGGCCAUCAUGUUGAUCACAGACGGCGCCAUGGAGGACUUUGAGUCCGUCUUCGAGGAAUUCAACUGGCCCGAGCGCAGGGUGCGAGUCUUCACCUACUUGAUCGGCCGAGAGAUGACGUUCGCCCAGAACACAAAGUGGAUCGCCUGCAACAACAAAGGCUACUACACGCACAUCUCCACGCUGGCCGACGUGCAGGAGAACGUCAUGGAGUAUCUGCACGUGCUCAGUCGGCCCAUGGUCAUCAACCACGACCACGACAUCAUCUGGACGGAGGCCUACAUGGACACUGUGCUACCCAACACCAAGGAGCUCUUCAACACCAAAGCUCAGAGUCUCCUGUUGAUGACGUCGGUGGCCAUGCCCGUCUUCAGCAAGAAGAAGGAGACGCUGUCCCAUGGGAUCCUGCUGGGCGUGGUGGGCUCGGAUAUCCCCCUCAUGGAGGUGAUGAAGCUGGCCCCCAGAUAUAUGCUGGGAGCUCACGGGUACACCUUCCUCAUCACCAACAACGGUUACAUCCUGGCGCACCCUGACCUCCGACCUCUGUACAGAGACGGGAAGAAGCUGAAGCCCAAGCCCAACUACAACAGUGUGGACCUGUCCGAGGUGGAGUGGGAGGACACGGAGGAGAUGCUGAGGACCGCCAUGGUGAGGGGCGAGACGGGAAAUCUGGGUCUGAAUGUCAGAGCGUCCGUGGACAGCGGGAAAAGGCCUAUGUUCCUCAUCAAUGAAUAUUUCUACACCAACGUUGACGACACACCUUUCAGCUUCGGCAUGGUGCUGACCCGAGGUCACGGCAAGUUAAUGUUCGUGGGCAACGUGUCAGUGGAAGAAGGGCUUCAUGACCUGACGUCUCCAGACCUCAGCAUCGCCUCUGAAUGGACUUACUGCGAGACGGACGUUGACCCCGCGCACCGCAAGUACUCUCAGCUGCAGGCCGCCAUCCGCUACCUGCUGGGGAAGGAGCCGGACCUGGAGUGCGACGAGUUGCUGCUGCAGCAGACCCUAUUUGACGCCGUGGUGACGGCGCCCAUGGAGGCCUACUGGAACGCCCUGGCCCUCAGCGACAGGGUCGAGCCUGGCGUUGAGACCGCCUUCCUGGGCACUCGCUCCGGCCUGAUGAGGAUCAUGAGAUACGCCGGCGUGGAGACGCGAGUGGCCAAAAAGUUCCUGACCCCCGCAGAUAAGAAUAACCUGUUCACCGUCGAUCAUUUCCCGCUGUGGUACCGGCUCGCCGUGGAAUUCCCUCCCGGAACCUUCUUCUACUACCCCGUCAACGACAAAGGCGUGAAGUACGCGAUCGCCACCACCGCCGUCACCGUGUCAGCACAAGGGAAGACCGCCAUUGCCGGAGUCGUGGGUCUGCAGAUAUCGUUGGAUUUGCUGGAGAAAAGAUUCUGGGACAUCACCAAGCAGGCCAGCGACACAGACUGUUCCAACGUGGAAGGUUUAUGUCCUCUCAGCUGUGAAAGCCCUGGCCUCAACUGCUUCCUGGUGGACACCAACGGCUUCAUUCUGCUGUCCAAAGACCGGAAAGAGGUCGGUAGCUUCUUCGGCGAGGUGGACGGUUCUGUCAUGGCGACGCUCAUAAAGAUGGAAUUCUUCAAAAAAGUGUCCUUGUUUGACUACCAGGCCAUGUGCAAGAAUAGUCAUCAUCACACCAGCAAUGCACGUUCUCUACUCAGCCCUUUUAACGUUACCAUGGCGAUACUGCGAUGGAUCUUUUCCAAAGCUCUCAUGUUCCUGCUGGACUUCAGCUGGUGUUUCUUCUGGCACUCGGACUACUUAGUGGACGCCAAGGCCGGCUAUCACACCAGUCACAAGCAGAAGAAGGUGGAGGCGCUGGUCCCGUGUGAGACCUCCUACCCCGCCUUCAUGCUGGACUCCUCCAUCAGCGAGGCCAACAGCAUCAUCAAGUGUGGACGCUGCCAAAAGAUGUUUGUAGUGCAGCAGGUGCCUGACUCCAACCUGGCGUUGGUGGUGACGGAGGCCAACUGCGACUGCUCCCGUCAGUACGGCCCCAUCCCACUUCAGCCCAAAGAGAUCAAAUAUAUCGCCACGGUCAAGUGCAACCGCAUGAAGUCGCAGAAGUUGCGGCGGCGUCCCGAGUCGUGCCACGCCUACCACCCUAAGGAAAACGCAAAGGACUGUGGGGGCGUGGCCACCAUCUACCUGUCAAUCACACUUUUCUGCACCUCUCUGCUGGUCUCCCGCUAUCUUUGCAUGACGUAACCAUGACAACCCAGCAGGAAGUUAGUUGUCGAGUCAGUGUUUGCAGUUUCCAAAGGGGGAACAUGGCGCCCUCUGCUGGACGGUGAAGUUACUGUAGCUAAAUUAUUGAAGACUUUUUAGAAGACAAAAAGAAAGCAAAAUGUUCUUUUAAGCCAAAGCAUGUUUUGUGCUGUCAGACUUUUAUUCUGAAAAUCCAACAGAACAAAAACAUUGAUAAAAGUUGUUUCUUUCCAUGUCAGUUAGUUUGUUCACAAGUAGUCAUAAAAAUCUGUCCUUGUUCAGCCUCUCAGCAAAAAAAAAAAAAAGAUGGCAGCUGUUACAUUCUGGCUAAAUGUGGUCAUGUGACCUUCUGUCACAUGAUGGAAGCUGGUUUGAGACACAGGAGGUCUCACUCUGACAAAUCAGUGAGCUAAAAAAGUUUGCAUGAAUAAAUAGAAUAGCAGGUCCUGCUGGCUGACUGAGGUACUGCACGGACUUCAGGUCCCUGUUGGGGUUUCCUAUACGGCCUGUUGUCUGUCCUGGGCGGGGGUGGGGGAGGGGUCAGCGUCCCCACCGUCCCCUCUCUCCUGGUUCCAGUCUUUAAGCCCCUCAGGCAGACUGGUGUCCUCCUCGAAGCUCCCUGUGCCCUCCACAAACUCCUCGUACGUGGACUUCUCCUCGAAGGGUCGCGGUCCCAGCAGCUCCAACAUGUCCGCCUUGUCCAGGACUUCCUUUUCCAGCAGACGCUUGCCCACC